CGUAUCUGUAAUUUUCUCUGACUAUUUUUCUGAACUGAGAGCUGUGUUGGAAGCUUUGGACUCGAGCAGAGGCUUCCAAGAUUUAAUAAGACGACGUCGCGUUGAAGCUCGGUGGAUUUGACGACUCAGUGGCACUUUGGUAAUUUGAGUGAGUGAAUUAGUUGAAUAUAUGUUCAGGUGAAAAGAGGAGGGUAUUCUGAUAUCUCGUUCUUGAUCCGAGAAAGAAAAAAAAACUCUCUCUCUUGGCGAUCUGUAAAAUUCUCCCGAAAUCCCGCAAACCCUAGAAGCAAUAAACGACCCAGACCUUUCCCGAGACGUAAGACCAAACACAACGCUUGGAUUUGAACUCGUAAACUUCUGUGUCUUGUUCUCUUUGAUUGUUGUGUUUGUUGGUUGCUGGUUGUUCAUGUUUUGCAGGUACAUUCGUGCGAUUAGGUGUUGCGAGCUUGGAGCAUUGGUUCGAGUUUUCGUUCUGGGUGGCUGUGGAGAGAUUUGAUGCUGAGUUCAGAUGGUAUUCCACUUUAACCAAUGGAAAAUGUAAAACAACUGGCUCCACACCUGAAUUGAACCUGGAAACCAACUUGGUUAUUGGACGUCGGAAUGAAUCAACCGCUGCAGCACAGGAUUCUUCCUCCCAGUCUCCACCACCAGCUGAGAAAUUCGAGUAUCAGGCUGAAGUAUGUUAAUUUCGGGUCGAAUAGAGAGCUUACAUUGUGAUAAUGUUUGCCGGUCACUGAUGUUUGUGGCUCUCGACACGCCUCAUGGACCUCAUUGUUAACAGCUUGUAUAGCAACAAGGAGGUGUUUCUCCGUGAGCUUAUCAGAUAUGUUCUCUAUGGUUUUGUACCGCUUUAGAGAACGGGACACUUGUGCAACGCAAGUGAUGCCUUGGACAAGCUGCGGUAUCUGAGUGUCACACAGCCUGAGCUUUUGAAUGACUCCGUCGAUCUUGACAUACGUAUACACAUUGAUAAGGAUAAUGGAGUAUUAACUAUCACUGACUCUGGAAUCGGAAUGACAUGACAAGAACUUGUUGAUUGUCUUGGGACUAUUGCUCAAAGUGGAACUGCCAAGUUCCUGAAAGCGUUAAACGUUUGAGUGGUUUUUCAAAUAUCACUGUCUCGGGUCUUUUACCGAAAAUCAUUGGAUGGGCUUAGAGACGUUUUAAUAAUGUUCAGAAUAGCAAAGAUGCUGGUGGAAGCAACAAUUUAAUCGGUCAAUUUGGUGUAGGGUUCUAUUCAACUUUCUUGGUUGCAGAUUGGCGUGAUGACAAAGGUUAUGCACAUCCAGAACGGGUUGAGAAGCUUGUGAAAAACUAUUCUCAAUUUGUUUCGUUCCCCAUAUGCACUUGGCAGGAAAAAGGGCACACAAAAGAGAUCGAAGUUGAGGAGGAUCCAGCUGAAGCAGCAAUAGAUGACCAGGGUGAUAAAACUGAGAAAAAGAAGACCAAGACUGUUGUUGAGAGAUACUGGGAUUGGGAGCUUACCAAUGAGACACAACCCAUAUGGCUUCGGAACCCUAAAGAGGUGACCACAGAGGAAUACAAUGAGUUUUAUAGGAAAACCUUCAAUGAGUAUUUGGACCCAUUAGCUUCCUCUCACUUCACAACAGAGGUCCAUCCUUUAUGUGCCGGCUGUCUCACCAGUCACCAAUGGGGAAGGAUGACUUGGUUAAUCCAAAGACAAAGAAUAUAAGGCUUUAUGUUAAACGGGUUUUCAUCUCAGACGAUUUUGAUGGAGAACUGUUUCCUCGCUACUUGAGCUUUAUUAAGGGUGUUGUUGACUCAAACGAUCUUCCACUUAAUGUUUCUCGUGAGAUUCUUCAGGAAAGCCGCAUUGUACGGAUCAUGAAGAAGCGUCUGGUGCGAAAGGCUUUCGAUAUGAUUUUGGGCAUAUCCUUGAGUGAGAAGAGAGAAGAUUAUGAGAAAUUUUGGGAUAAUUAUGGAAAGCAUCUGAAAUUGGGAUGUAUUGAGGACCGUGAAAACCACAAACGUAUAGCCCCGUUGCUUCGGUUUUUCUCCUCCCAGAGUGAGGAUGAGAUGAUCAGCUUGGAUGAGUAUGUCGAGAACAUGAAACCCGAACAGAAAGCCGUCUAUUACAUUGCUGCUGACAGUGUUACAAGUGCCAGGAAUACACCUUUCCUAGAGAAGCUUCUCGAGACGGAUCUCGAAGUGCUCUAUCUGGUGGAUCCAAUCGAUGAAGUUGCUAUACAGAGCUUGAAAUCUUACAAGGAGAAGGACUUUGUUGACAUCAGCAAGGAAGACUUGGAUCUAGGUGACACGAAUGAGGAGAAAGAGGCAGCCAUGAAGGAGUUUGGGCAGACAUGUGAGUGGAUUAAGAAGUGGUUGGGUGAGAAGGUUGCUGGUGUUCAAAUCUCCAACCGGCUAAGCUCGUCCCCUUGUGUUCUUGUGUCCGGGAAAUUUGGUUGGUCGGCGAAUAUGGAGAGGCUAAUGAAAGCACAGACAGUGGGUGACACAUCGAGCCUGGAGUUCAUGAGAGGGAGGAGGGUGUUUGAGAUCAAUCCCGACCACCCGAUUAUCAAAAACUUAACUGCUGCACAUAAAAGUAACCCAGACGAUGAAGAUGCGGCGAGAGCCAUAGAUCUUCUGUAUGAUGCAGCCGUGGUAUCUAGUGGGUUCACCCCUGAGAAUCCAGCCGAGCUUGGUGGGAAGAUAUAUGAGAUGAUGGGGAUGGCCCUUUCGGGGAAAUGGUCGAGCCCUGAAUCCGAGCAGCCGACGGCCGAGCCACUGGAAGUUGAAGUGGCUGAAGUGGUGGAGCCAGUUGAAGCCUGUGGGCAGAAAUGAAUACAAUGCUCAUAUUCUUGUUCUUCUUUAAGAGGAGAAGAAAGGGGAAAAAUAUCUGAAAUCUAAAUCAGAUUAUUAUUAUU